AUGCCUGAAUACUGCGUCACUGGGGGUUCUGGUUUCAUAGCUUCAUACAUUGUGAAGGCUUUAUUAGACAAGGGCCACACUGUGAGGACGACCGUGAGAGAUCCAGAGGAUGGGGAGAAGGUUGGGUUUUUAUGGGAACUGAGAGGAGCCAAAGAGAGGCUGAAGAUGUUGAAAGCUGAUCUGAGAGAAGAAGGAAGCUUCGAUGAGGCUGUCCAAGGUGUUGACGGCGUCUUCCAUACAGCUGCGCCUGUCAUCGUCAACCACCACGACGACGUUCAGAAAACGUUAAUAGAUCCGACGGUGAAUGGAGCUGUGAAUGUGCUGAAGUCGUGCGAAAGAGCAAAUGUGAGAAGAGUGGUCAUGACGUCUUCGUGUUCAGCCAUAAGAUAUCGAGACGACGCACAGCAAGUUUCUCCUCUGAAUGAAUCACACUGGAGUGAUCUGGAAUACUGCAAGCGUCACAACCUAUGGUACGCAUAUGCAAAGACAUUAGCAGAAAGAGAGGCAUGGAAGGUGGCAGGAGAAAGUGGGAUAGAUCUGGUGGUGGUGAAUCCAUCGUUCGUGAUUGGUCCUCUUCUGGCGCCCCAGCCUAGCAGUACAUUACUCAUAUUGCUCAGCACGAUCACAGGGCGGAGAGGAGAGUAUCCAAACCAAGCAAUAGGAUUUGUGCACAUAGACGAUGUUGUGUCAGCUCACUUGAUAGCAAUGCAAGAACCAAAGGCAAGUGGCAGACUUGUGUGUUCAGGUCCUGUAGCUCACUGGUCCAACAUCAUCCACAUGCUUCGUGCCACCUAUCCUUCCUACCCUUAUGAACAAACGUGCAGCAAUCAGGAAGGGGACAACAUACCACAUGGUAUGGACACAACUAAGAUUGCUGCUUUAGGGCUUACCACAUUCAAAAGCCUCCAAGAUAUGUUCACUGACUGUAUCAACAGCUUCCAACACAAGGGCUUUCUCUGA